UUUUUUUUCCUGUGUGGCAUUUUCUGUUUAUAUGAGCAAAUAAACAUUUAAUGGGUUUGCAACAAAAAAAGCUGUUUGUUUGGAGCACUUGGUCAUAUUAUAUGCAAUACCUCUUGGUAUUCCAUUUCAAUUUAUCUAACGUAAAUCUCUGUAAGGACCGCAAAUAAUCUCAUACAGCGCAUUUACAACGAUUGUCUAUGAUUUGAUUAUUGUUGUUGUUGUUAAUGCCCAGAUGAUUGUGUAGCUCAACAUGGUGGACGUCCAUUAUUUUGUUUGUUUCAUAUAUUUACAGCAAUUUAAGAUUUAAGGCAUUUUAUAGAAAUAUUGUUUUGAAUGAAGUUUCCCAUUUCGGACUCUGAGGGACGCUGUUGGCCAAUCUAAGAUGAGUAGUAAAACAUGACCACACUGUUCCCUCCCUUCCUACUUGUUCUUUUAGAGAAAAUCAUUUGGCUUACAGACUGGCAUGUACAGAUCUAGCGAUUCCAGCUCUCAAAUCUACAAUAUUUGAUAACACCGUGACUUUGAGGCAACAUUUAAUUUCUUUUUUUUUUUUACCUCAAAAGAAGCCUACUGGUUGGAUUUUAUUACUACAUCUCUGCUUUGCUUUUGUGAUGGCGUUUGGAAAUUUCUGGGUUGGCUGUGUGCAAUUGCAGCUUUUUUUCAUCCUUUUCUAUUUCACUCGAGACAUCAGGGGACAUAUACGAUAUUCGAUCCCAGAGGAGAUGAAGAAAGGCUCUCCCAUUGGUAAUAUUGGACAGGAUCUUGGUUUGGAUUUGAAAAGACUUCGUUCUGGUCGGGCCCGCAUUGUAACCGGGGAAAGCAUUCAGUACGCCGAGCUGCGGACAGACAAAGGGACAUUGGUGGUAAAUGAGAGAAUAGACAGAGAGCAGCUGUGUGGAGACGUCACACCGUGUAGUUUCAGCUUCGAGAUGAUUUUAGAAAACCCCAUGGAGCUGCAUCAAAUCACCGUCGAAGUAACAGACAUUAAUGAUCAUUCGCCGACGUUUAAAAGAAAUAGCAUCGAAUUCGAAAUUAGUGAAUCGGCAAAUGUAGGCUCUCGUUUUUCAGUGGCCGCUGCAGAAGACCCGGAUGUGGGUGUGAAUGGUCUGAGGGACUAUUUUUUGACUGAAAAUGAUAAUUUUAUCUUAAAACAAAUAUCCAAUGCGGAUGGAAAAAAAUACGCGGAGAUGGUGCUUCAGAAGCCACUAGACAGGGAGACACGUCCUCUUCUGUCACUCAAGCUCAUAGCUGUGGACGGAGGCACUCCGCAGAGAUCAGGGUCAGUGAAUAUAGAAGUGUCUGUUCUCGAUGUCAAUGAUAAUGCACCUGUAUUUAAUCAGCCCGUUUAUAAAGCCUCGGUGAUAGAAAAUUCGCCCAAAGGUAAAUACGUAACAGCUGUUAAUGCUAGUGACGCAGAUUCUGGUACGAACGGGGUAGUUACGUAUUAUUUUUCUGAUGUUAACAGCGGCCUAAGUGAUUUGUUUGAGAUUGAUAAGAAAACUGGUGUCAUUUCGAUUAAAAGUUUGAUCGAUUACGAAAAGGACAGAAAGUUUGAGCUAAGAAUCGACGCGAAAGAUCAGGGAGGUUUGACAGACACAAGUAAAGUGAUAAUUGAUAUAAGUGACGUUAAUGACAACACACCGACUAUCAGCGUGAUGUCAUUCAGUAAUACUGUGUCAGAAGACUCUCCUCCUGGUACAACUGUUGGCAUUAUUAACGUAAAAGACGCCGACACGGGUGAAAACGGCCUGGUUACCUGUAAAAUAGAACAAAAAGCUCCGUUUAAAAUUAUAUCCAAUGUGAGGAAUUAUUAUGCGAUAAUAACAGACUCUGUAUUGGAUCGUGAACAGGUCUCAGAAUAUAACAUUACCAUAGAAGCUACAGAUGCAGGAGUCCCUCCUCUCUCAUCCAAAAGAUCAUUUUCUUUAAAAUUGUCUGAUGUAAACGACAACGCUCCCGUGUUUUUACAAACCCUGUUCAGUGCCUUUAUUCCGGAGAAUAACUCCCCAGGUGUUUCAGUUUUGAGGCUCGUUGCUAAAGAUCCAGACGAAAACCAAAAUGCUAAAAUCUCAUAUAUCUUGGAAGAUAUAGAAAUAGGUGCGUCACUAGUUUCUCAUUAUGUUUCUGUAAAUGCAGAAAGUGGAGUUGUACAUGCAGUCCGUUCGUUUGAUUAUGAGCAGAUUAAAGAGGUGGUUUUUGCAGUCAAAGCUCAGGAUGGAGGCUCUCCUCCACUCAGUAGUAAUGUGACCGUGAAGAUACUGAUCCAGGACCAGAACGAUAACCCUCCUCAGGUUCUGUACCCAGUCCAGACUGGUGGCUCUGUGGUGGGUGAAAUGGUGCCUCGUUCAGCAGAUGUGGGCUAUCUGGUCUCUAAAGUGGUGGCUGUUGAUGUGGACUCUGGACAGAAUGCCUGGCUCUCCUAUAAACUCCAGAAAGUCCCAGACAGGGCUCUGUUUGAAGUUGGCUUACAGAAUGGAGAAAUCAGAACUAUCCGCCAAGUGACUGAUAAAGAUCCUGUCAAUCAAAAACUGACUGUUAUAGUGGAGGACAACGGACAGCCCUCUCGUUCAGCUACAGUCAUUGUUAACGUGGCGGUGGCUGACAGUUUCUCUGAAGUACUGUCUGAGUUCACUGACUUUAAACACGACAAGGAGUACAAUGACAACCUGACUUUUUACUUAGUGUUGGCUCUGGCUGUAGUUUCCUUCCUCUUCAUCACGUGUUUAGUUGUUAUUAUCUCAGUGAAGAUCUACAGAUGGAGACAGUCUCGAAUCCUGUAUCACUCCGGUCUGCCUGUGAUUCCAUAUUAUCCACCACGUUACUCUGAUACUUUGGGAACAGCGACUCUCCCUCAUGUGUACAACUACGAAGUGUGCAGAACAACAGAUUCCAGGAAGAAUGAUUAUAAGUUUGGCACAGCUAGUCGUCAGAACGUCAUGAUGGUGGACCCCACUGCCACAGGGACCUUGCAGCGGUUACAGACUGAAAAGUGCAUCCUGGAUGAACCAGACUCUCCUCUAGAGGUAAGAAGUAAUUCUACUCUACAACCUUCACAUCACCAGCAACACAUCCAUUCUGUUCAGUUUUACAGUUGAUUUGAGAGAACAGUACUCACAACCAUACAAUACUCACAACCAUACAGUACUUACAACCAUACAGUUCUCACAACCAAGCACAUAAUCUAGAUCACAACACAUUGUUAGAACUCACACAAACCUAUAACUUUGAUUUUUUUUUUUCAGUUCAGAUCAUAUUCUGUUUAAGUCACACACAUAUUAACACAUCUCUACACAAAGAAAACAUUUUUCAUGAGGCUUUAUUGGAUGGAUCAUUUGUUGACACCAGUUCAUGUCUGAUAUGUGCAUAGUUCACUGAUCAAAACAGAGAGUUUGUUGGAAACUAAAAUUACACUUUAGUACUGACAAACUUAAUCCUGUAUUCAGGAUUAAAGCUCUAUAAUUUUAGGUUACUUGUUUUUUUCAAGGUGCUGAAAAGGUGGGUGAUUAUUCUCAUUACUUACAGAACUGUUCCAGUUAUUAUGCAUGCAUGUUUAAGAUUACAGAGCAGUUGUGAAUGCACAUCAUGCUGGAAAUUGGUUGCUAUAAAUACACACUUAUCAAUUACUUUAGCAACUGUUGUUGCUGAAGAUGAUAUUGUACUGACGGUGGGAAACAAAGAACAUGACAUUGCAUCCAUGAAAUAAUUGUGAUUACAUUAGAAAUGCACAGAUUAGUUAUGUUUAGAUCUGGAAUUUGUAGUAUAGUUACACCAUUUGUGUGACAUGCUACAAAUGUAUAAAAUAGCCUGUGUUUUUUGUAAUACUUUUGAUUUUUUGUGUUAUAACUGCUUCAGACAUUACAGCGAGGUUUACGUUACAGUUAUCAGAGUAGGUUGCAAUACGGAUAUUAAUUUAUAUUCAAUAUGCUGUAUAUAAUUGUGUUUUGGUUUGUAGCUCCUCUUUUUGUUUGAUAUCAACUCAGAUACAACGGUUCAAUGCAAAAGCUGCAUUAUUGGAUCUUUGAAAAAAAUAUACAGUAUAUAAUUAAAAUAACAAAAGGAAAAUUAACCACGCAACAUAUUUCUUUUGCAAAUAUGUUUUUCCGUACAGUAAGACCAAUACAGGAUAUUUGAUAUAUGCCGUAGUAUUUCAUUGGGUACAGUUGUGAUGUGAUAGAGAUUGGAACAAACUGACGCUGCUGACGUCAGUGUGAGCUUUCCUGCAGCAGCGGCUGUUC